AUGCCAAUGACUGGUCAAGGCUCAGGUGAGGGCCGGUCUUGGUCGCAAUCAAGAGGCGAUCAAGAUGAUCAGCCUCAAGUGAAUCGGGAAGCAGAGGGACUACAUGAACCGAUCUCCUUCAAACGAAAACAAAAACAACCGUCACGAUUCAGUUUAUCCAGUCUCCUAUCCCCCAUCGCUGGCGCAUCAGAUACUGGGUUUAGCUCUCCCGCCCCGCAAGGUGGUCAGAGUGGAGAUGCAUCACCGCUUGAUCCUUAUGCGCCGAUGGGGCUCAAUGGCGGAGCCGAAGGAUCGAAAGAUGGCGGACCGCUCGACUGGUAUGUGGAAGGUCCAGGAAGACGUGUUGGCUACGACGACUUUACCGCCAUCGAUUGGAUCUAUGAGUAUACCAAGGAGCGGCAGAGGAAACGACUUCUUUACUCAAGUGGACAAGGUUUAUUAGGCCAUGCUCGCCGGCUCCUUGAUGCAAGCAAUGUCUGGUUGGUGUUGAUCGCGACAGGUAUUGCUGUCGGAAUCAUUGCUGCCUGCAUUGACAUUGCUACGGACUGGUUGGGUGAUUUGAAAACCGGAUAUUGCAAAAGCGGCAGUGGAGGUGGCAAAGUUUUUGCUGCUGGGGAUUGGAUGUGCCUAGACUGGACACCAUGGGGUAACGCACUAGGUGCAACCUCUAAGGGAGGAGCAUAUACCGUUGGUUACUUAUUUUACGUUGUGUUCUCGGUCUUCUUUGCUGCAUGUGCUUGCUUUUUGGUUCGAAACUAUGCCGUGUAUGCUAGGCACAGUGGAAUUCCCGAGAUCAAAACGAUUCUUGGUGGAACUGUUAUCCGGCAUUUCAUGGGCCCGUGGACGCUGGCUAUCAAAUCGCUCGGCCUGUGUCUUUCUGUCGCUUCUGGUCUUUGGUUAGGCAAAGAAGGUCCACUUGUACAUGUUGCGUGUUGUUGUGCCAAUAUCCUGAUGAAGCCAUUUGAUAGCCUAAAGGGUAACGAAGCACGCAAACGAGAAGUUCUCUCAGCGGCUGCCGCCGCAGGAAUCUCGGUCGCUUUCGGGGCACCGAUUGGUGGUGUGCUCUUUAGUUUGGAGCAACUUUCAUAUUAUUUCCCGGACAAAACAAUGUGGCAAAGCUUUGUUUGUGCCAUGGUUGCAGCUGUAACAUUGCAAGCCUUGAACCCAUUCCGAACAGGCAAGAUUGUGCUCUACCAGGUUACAUACACUCGAGGCUGGCACCGCUUCGAAAUCAUCCCAUUCAUCAUACUUGGUAUCAUUGGCGGUCUUUACGGCGCAUUCCUUAUUCGUUUGAAUACGACAAUUGCCAAGUGGAGGCGAGCUCGAAACUCUUCUCGGCCGAUCAUUGAAGUGGUCAUUGUGGCUCUGAUCACAGCUUUGGUCAAUUAUCCGAAUCACUUUAUGCGAGCCCAAAACUCUGAGCUAGUUCAGUCACUAUUUUCCGAGUGCAACAGUGUUACAUAUGACCGAUUUGGUCUUUGUGCCACGGGAUCUGCCUCAAUAGGCGUGGCAAUCUUCUUGGUUGUGGCUGCUCUGUUAGCAUUUUUCUUAGCUUCCUUGACGUUUGGACUUGAGAUUCCGGCCGGUAUUAUUCUCCCGUCAGUUGCAAUUGGCGCUCUGUACGGACGUGCUCUAGGUAUCAUGGUUCGCAUGUGGCAAGAAGCUUAUCCAAAGGCUUUCCCAUUUGCCAAAUGUGAGCCGGAUAUCCCAUGCGUCACACCUGGCUUAUACGCCAUUAUCGGGGCUGCUGCUGCUCUUGGUGGUGCUACUCGAAUGACUUUGUCCAUCGUUGUAAUUAUGUUCGAGCUGACUGGCGCAUUGACAUAUGUAAUUCCGAUCAUGAUUGCCGUGAUGCUGUCUAAAUGGUGUGGUGAUAUCUUUGGAAAGCGCGGUAUCUACGAGUCAUGGAUUCGACUCAACGAAUAUCCUUUCCUCGAUCAUCGUGAUGACACCACGCCACCAGAUGUAUCUGCUCAUCGAGUUAUGACAACCGUGGAUGACAUUAGCAUUAUCACUGCAACUGGUCACACCAUUGCCUCCAUCCGCAGUCUUCUCGCCAAUACCACAUAUCGCGGGUUCCCCGUUGUUUCCGAAACGUCGAGUCCCAUCCUCUUGGGCUAUAUCACCCGAAAUGAGCUUUCUUUUGCUUUGAAAUACUCCACUGCUUCCUCCACCCGCGACCUCUCCGAUGAGACACAGGUCUUCUUUUCGCAUCAACCUUUUGCGGACCCUGUUGAUACCCUUGAUCUGCGACCUUGGAUGGAUCAGACACCCAUGACUUUGAACAGUAACAUCACUUUCUUAAUCGUCCUGCGAAUGUUCCAACGACUCGGUCUACGCUAUGUGCUGUUUGCCAACAAAGGCAUUUUACAGGGCUUACUGACCAAAAAAGAUGUUUGGUCGGUGCUUAAUGGCGUUGAAUUUCGCCGAGAAGAAGCCCUUCGAGAUGACGAAUUCCGUGAUUUCCAAGAGCGCCAUGAGGCCGAGGAGGUUGGUUUACUUGAUGGGAAUGAUAGAUCUAGCAUUGGCAAUUCUCUAAUCAACCUUGAGCACGAUACACCAGGCGGCGAAAUGAUUGACCCCUUUGAGGUGCGCAUGCGCUUCACAACACAGCUGCAGCAUCUCAGUGCCGCUGUGACCCCCGCCCAGAAGGCUGCCCACUAUGCGCUCAAGUAUCGUGACCUCGAUGAGGAUCUCCACUCAUGCAUUUUGGAGCAGCUAGAGCGAAACAAUAUGAACAAUCGGGCAAACAUCAUGUACUUCAUCGAACAUCUCUGCGAACUAGCGAUCAAAGAAAACCACCCCCCAUACGUACGCAUGAUGCAGCGCGAUAUUCUUCGCGUGGUAGACUCAGUCGUCCCCCCAGAUGGCACCGGCGCGGCCAACGUCAAGCACGUCCGCCACGUACUGAACGGUCUCCAGGCCAAGGAAGUCCUCACGGUCGAGCGUGUCGCUGAAAUUGACGCCGCUCUCAAAGACCGCGAAUCCGACCCCUCCCACCUGGAUCUUGAGCACGAGGAAGGUACCGAAGAGGGCAGCAAGUUGAAGACCGAAAAGCCCCAGCUGCGCCUCGAUAAGAAGCAAAUCGAACAACGUAUUGAGGAGGACCGUGAGCGCAACAAGCGCCUGCGCGAAAGCAUGUGGGCCAUGACUGGUAGUGAUCAGGAUGAGUACAAUCAGAUGUGGGAUGAACUCAGCCCUAUCGGUGAAGAUGACUUUAUUCGAUCUCGCGAGGAGGCUCUAGAGCGCGCUGAGUGUGCCCGCAAGCAUGUGGGGUUUUUCAAGAAGCUUUACGGAAUUGUGGACUAA